ACGUGACACAGAGGAGACGCGGCCACUUCCGGGCGGUAGCGGCACUUCCGGGAGGUAGCGGCACUUCCGGGUGACUGUGAUGGCUCCGGACCCCUGGCUCUCGCAGUACGACGCCGCCUGCCAGCUGGCCCAGGAGGUGGCCGAGCGGAUCCAGGAGCGCAGCCGGCACCGGCGCAACGGGGAGAGCUCGGCCAAGCUCAAUGUGAUUAUCAGAUCGUCACUGCAGAAUCUCAAAGAGAAGAUUGAUCAGCUGAAGGACUCCCUGCUCCGGGCUGUGUCAACGCACCAGAUCACCCAGCUGGAGGGAGACAGGAGGCAGAACUUGGUGGAUGACCUUCUCACACGACAGAAGCAACUUCAGGCAUCUUACAAGAACGAGGGCACAGAACCAGAUGUGAUCAGAUCUAGCCUAAUGGCAGGAGGUGUCAAACGAGGAGUGACCAACCCAUGGCUCCUGGAGGAGUCUGAGGAAACCAGGGGGCUUGGCUUCGAUGACAUCAGGCAGCAGCAGCGGAGGAUCAUAGAAGAACAAGAUGCUGGACUUGAUGCUCUUUCUUCAAUCAUAUCCCGGCAAAAGCAAAUGGGACAGGAAAUUGGGAAUGAGCUGGACGAGCAGAACGAGAUCAUCGAUGACCUCACGAACCUGGUGGAGAACACGGACAGCAAGCUUCGCACUCAGACACGGCACGUGAAGAUGGUGGACAGAAAGUCAACGUCCUGCGGUGCUGCUGUCAGUGCUGGGAGGUGCAUUGUGACCCAAUGGAAGGCUCGUGCUAACAGCAUCACACUGCAGAGAGAGGAGCACGGCAGCAAAAUGCAGCUUUUCAUAGCAUAGAAUAGCAGAGUCAGCGAGGUUGGAAAUGACCUUUAAGAUCACCCCAACCCAGCCCACCGUGCCCAGCGACCACAUCCUCCAGUGCCACAUCUCCUCUGUUUCAGGACAGCCCCAGGAACGGUGAUCCCACCACCUCCAUGGGCAGCUGUGUCACUGCAUCACCACUCUUUGGGAGAAGAACGUUUUCCAAAUAUCCAGCCUGAACCUCCCCUGAAGGGGAUAUGUGAACCAACGUGGCCCGAGGAGUUACCACCUGGAGCAACGCCUGUGCAUUUGGUUCUGUUCCCACAUUUCACCUAGCGUUGCGUGGGUAACUCCCAGAGCAGAAUAACUCCCGAGCUUUUCGUCCUACACAGGAAUGACCUAGCUCUGUCUCUUUUCCAAACAAGGAAUUAAUAAUGCAAUAGUUGUUGUUUCCAAAGAGCUUAGCUUUCAUGAGCAGUGUCUCCUUUUUUCCCUCAGACCCAAUGAAACACAUGGGCGUUGGAGCCUUUAAUAACCCUUCUCGGAGCCUGGUCUUGAUUUGUGUGAGUGCUGCCAAUGAUUUCCAUGUCAGAGCUGAGAAGUACGAGCGCAGUGUUGAAUUUCUGGGCUGACCAAGGGAGGUCAGAAGCAAUAAUGCUGGACUCCCCGGUGGACAGGCGUGGGACAGCACACAGCCACGGCGCUUUGCACAGCCCCAGCACAGGUUUGGCUGUCACAGAGCUAAUAAAGAGCGGGGCCUCCAGGGAGAUGGCUUCGGUGAUGCAGGUGUAGGGAUCGGGGAGUGUAUUUACAUACAAGCCAGCUUAAUAGCGUGGGAUUUGUGCUAAAGUGGUUCUUAAUGCAACACAAAUUGCGUGCCCUGUCUCACUUGAAGGCAGGAGGAUGUUAGGGGGAGAGGUUUUAUAGCUUUUGGGGGAGAAAGUGGCUUCUUUUAGGGAAGGCGAAGGGCAGCAGGACGGCUGUGCUGGGUGCUUGCUGUGCUGGAUGAGCACGUUAGGGGCAGGAGUGGGGCUGUGCUGCCCUGACAGGUUGGGGCCAGGAAUUGGGCAGCAAAUUAACUCACUGAAAAAGUAGAUAAAGGUGUUGGCUUUUGUUGUUGUUGUUUUUUUUAACACUGUGAGGUUAAGAUGUCCAUAAAGAAAGCAGCCCAGCCUCUGGUUGCAGCUCCAUCCUCUCCCUGCUUCCCUCCCGCCCCAUAAAACAGCCAUUAUGUGUUUAUAAGUUAGCGCUCCGUGUCUGGUAUAAAAGAAGACUUGUUCAUAAACUUCUGGAGAGACAGUUCGGUGGGAAUAUAACUUUCUUGGCACAAAACAAGCGGCUUUUUCCAGAUAAUGUAAUGCUAUACCAGGCUUUUUAAAGUCCUAGCCUGCUAUUUAUUAUUUUUACAUUGUCUAUAAAAGACACCAGUGCUGAGGAUGGCACUGCACUGAAUUGAACAGAAUCACCCCAAGGAAGGAGAAGCUGUCCCUCUGCGUGUGCUCGUAUUUACUUCUCCUAUUUAUCAGGCCUGUCCACUGCAGUGAGGACUGGAAGAGCUCAUCGAGUCCAGAGCUCGGCUAUCACAAGCGAACUCACCCCGCGCUUGCUUUCAUCAGUUCUGCUAGGAUGCUGCAAAAUUAUUUUGGACCUUCUCCCCACUGCUUGCCAGUGCCACUGGGCUGCACCCAGAGAGCCCAGCACUGCUGCCCACACUGGGGUGCCCCGUCUCUGGAGGUGGGCGAUGGAUGGCCCUGGGCAGCCUGAGCUGGGGGUGCAGUCAGUCGGGUGCCUUCCAACCCAACCAUUGCGGGGUUCCAUCAACCCCCAUGGAACCAUGGGGUUCAAUCUCAGUGGCUGUGGUACUGUAGGACAGUGCUCAUGGGAAAUCAACGGGCUGAUAGAGGUGGACCAGAGAUCCUUUGACACAUAUUCAGGAGGGAGUUGUCAAAACAAGAUGUAUUUAUGACAGAGUUCCUGCCUGCCUUUUCAAAAGGCACUUGAGUCCCGGCCAGAUCCUGAACACGCUCGGAUUCCCAGGAGUUACACUGAGCACAAUGAUGGAUAUUUCACAGUAAAUGCUGCCUUGUCACAAAGCUGGCAUGAGCAGCAGUGGGCUGUGAAGGCAUCAGCAUCAGCUGUGUGCUGAGGAGCAGAAAUCAGAGCUGGGCUCCAGCCGUGGUUGGCACUAACACCAAAGGGCACCGGGAGGGAGCUCAGCAUACCCAGAGCUCACACCUCCUGCCCUGGGCUCUGAGUGCCACCCGAUUGCUGCACGUUGCACUGACCCACCCCAUCCCCUCUAUCUCCUAUGGGAGCAAAUCCUCAUACACUGCUUUUGGGGACGGGGCAGCGGCUCUGGGUUUUAAUAACCAUCUCUUUCCAAGAGUAAAUGCAGAAUGUUUCCUUCUGCUGCCCCGCAUGCUCUGCAACUUCCCACUGGUGCCCAUCAGCCUCAGUCUGUGCGUCCCCAACCUUCCCUGCUGCGCAGCGCUGCUGUGUUUACGUGCACUUCUUCUUGGGAGCUGUGAAGGAAUAAUUACGCCCCAUUAACUCGGUAUCGUUAAUAGCUCACACCUACAGAACGUGUUCCAAGAAACUGAUCUCGCUCGUCUCUUAAUUGCUGAAGUCCAUAAACUCCACUGCACUGAAACCGUGCAAAGGAUUUGCACCCUCUAAACUGCCUCCCCCCUGUGCAGAGCGCAGAUGUGCACACAGAGGCACCUCGCGUGGUGCUGAGCAUUGUGAGCACAGCCUGGGGGGCAAAGCAGGUCCAGAUUGGGCUGAGCAGAGCGGGAGGAGCAGUGCUGGAAAAACACGUCGGGCCUGGCGCUGAGAUGGUUCCUGCACAGAAAACAUGACACUAUUGACAAAGAGCUGUCUCUAAUAUCCUUUUCCAGCUUGGAAAGAGGAGUUUAUUUUAAUACAUCCUUUUUUAAUUGCCAUGAGCUGGACUUGUAAAUAUUCUAAGUGGUUGAGUAAUCGUCAUCUGCUCACGGACUGAGAGUGGGGACGUUUUUUUUCCGCUCUUGGAGCCCCAGUGUGUUCCCACAGCUCUGCUGGGAGUGCUGCGGGCAGACACCGACCCGGAGCCCACUGCUGGAGGGCCCUGUGUGGGGCUGUGUGCGCAGCCCGGCCCCCCAAGGCAGUGCUUCUGCCCAUCCGUGGGCUCGGGGAUGUGGGGCAGUGGCUGCACCGUGGCGCAGAGCUCUGCCGUGCCCACCAGCAUUGCCCCACGUUCAUUUUCCAAAGGCAGGUACAGCGCUGGGAGCUGCGCUCACACUCUGCAGAGUCCUCUGGAAGUGGGAGUAGUUUGCGUUGGAAACAAUUUCCUGAUGCAAUUUGGGUUUCCUCCCCAAUAAUCCUUUCCCCCGGCGGGACGGUACAGAGGGAUUCCAGAGCAGCCCUCGCAAUGAGCUGAACGUAUCCCCUGUAAUCUUUGUGAGGCAGAUGUCAGAGCAGGAAGAUACUCCGCAGGCACAGCUAAAAAAUUAAUUUGGGGGGUCAGCGAGAGAAGAGCAACGUGACUCGGGGGCUCACAGUGCUGCGGGAAUGGAGAUG